AUGCACAAAAAAGGUUCAAUGACAGAUACUUAUUCUGAAUGUGCUGCUAGUUUAACACAAACAUUUUUGUUUUUGACUUUAUGGGCAAGACAAGCAAUUACAGUUAAACGUUUUUGUCCUUACCACAAAGCAGAAUCUAAAGGGGAUUUAGUUUUAAUUUUUGGAAGUGCUUCUUUUAUGACUGUUAAACUUGGUUUACAGCUGGUUGAAUUACACUUUCAAAGAGCAGACGGGUUUCUUUCUUGGCCUGAAGCAUUACUGCGAACUGUUUCCCUAACAUUAAUUCAAGCUUCGCAAUGGUUGCAGUAUAUGUGUUUGCAUAGAAUAAUGGCUCUUCAUUUUGAAGAUGUCCACGCUACCCGUCGAUUUUUACCUAUCGUCGCGUUAUCUGCAGUUGUAGUAAAUUGGGUUGGAUUUGGAGUGACAUUUUUCGAAACAAAUACAAUAAAAUAUCAAUUAGGCCUAGAAGAAUUACGUUUUAGCCAAUCAACUUUAAUAAUUAUGAUUUUUACUCAAACAAUAUAUCCGGCAGAUUAUCUUUUUUGUUUCACAGCGGCUGGCUGUUGGACAGAUGUUUUGUUAAGAUAUGUGGAAAUGGGACUAUUCCAACUUGGACCCCCAAUGGAUUUGGAAGAAUUACAAGACUUAGAACAACAACAUCAUGAAGCUAGAAGAAAGGUAGAGAAUGGAAAAAUAUUUAUUUUGAUUAGGAUUACAAACAUAAAAUUCUGA